UCCCUUCCCUCCCCUCUCUUUCUGUGGCUCUCCUCUGUCCAUUCCAGUCCUUUCCUCUCCUCUCCUCCCUGCGGUUGUGAGUGUGCUUUUUGGGUGAGCGAUGUGUUGUUCGGUGGGUUUCGCCAGAUCUCUGGGUCUGGCCCUGCUGCCUCUGGCCCUCUGCUGCAUCCUGGCCAACCUGCUGCUGCUGUUUCCCAUGGGAGAGCUCACCUACAUCCAGCAGGACCGCCUGGCCAGCUACAUCUGGUAUUUUGGGGGACUUGGAGGAGGGGGAGCGCUGAUGCUGUUUCCAGCUGUGGUCUUCAUCACUCUUGGGAAAUGUAACUGUUGUUGGAAUGAGAGCUUAAUGAUGUGCGGAUCAGUGUUGCCAGCUGUGGUCGGCCUGGUGGGGUCUGGUUACUGUUUCGUCAUGUCAGGAUUUGUCUUGGUGCAGGGACCCCAGUGCUUCACUUCUUUUGGAUGGUCGUACCCCUUUGCAGACCAGGGCGGCAGGUAUCUCUUACAACCAGAGACGUGGUCACGCUGUCUUCAGCCGGUUCACAUUGUAGAGUGGAACGUGACUCUGCUGUGUGUGUUACUGGGCCUGGCUGUGCUUGAGUUCAUCAUCUGUCUCUUACAGCUGGGAAACGGUUUAGUAAACGCUGUCUGCCGGCCCUGUUGCUACAAGCAGGAGUAUAGUCUUAAUGCGUAGAUCAACACACACACAUGUUUGUAGAGUCACCUGCUGAGACAGAAGUGCAUGUGCACACAUGAACAAAUCACACACUCAAAAUUUACUGCACACAAAGCGUCAUUGCUCAGCACCAUGUGUAUGUGUGCAAGUACAAUUCAACCUCACUUAGACACACCAACAGUACAUGCAGUGUCAUUGACAUCUGACAGCCACGUCAGUGUUAUCAAUAUAUUUUCAAGCUUUUAAUUUGCCCUGUUAAAGUGGCAAAAAAUCAAUAUGCGGUCAUUGUUGAUAAUGAUGAUGAUAAUGAUCUUUUCUGAUGCAGAAAGUCUUAACAUUUCAGAGGCAACAGGUUAUUAGUCCACAAUAAUGUGGGGUGUGUGUCCUGAAUACUCUAUAGAAACGUAGAAAGGUACAGCAUCCAUGUUAUUGAUAAUGAUAAUAUUAUUAAUAUUAAUAGUAUUAAUAAUAAUAUUUAUAAUAAUAGAUAUAUGGAAUAGGUUUUGCUGAAGUAAGUAACAGUGUGUGAAACGUUCAUGUGCCCUAUUUGCUUUUUUAAAGAAGAAGAUAAAAAAACUGUGUUGAAUGACUACUGUUCACUUCACGAAAUUUAUAUUCUUAAUUUCAAUGUCUCUCACUUUCUUUAUUAUCAUUAUUGGCUGUAUACUUUCUGAACUUUCAGGAACCCAACAACUACAAUACCGUUUUAUUUCAUAAACAGAUGCUAUUACACUUCAAACCACUGUUGUUACACUAGUAUACUUAAAAUGACAGCCACAUAUUGUUUGAUAAUGUUGGAAAACACAUAAGCUCUUGUAUCAUUGUUGAUGGUGUCCUUGCAAGGAGAGAUGCACAUUUCCAUUAUUUAGUUGUUCAUAAGCAUCUUGGCUGACAUGAUUAUCUUGAUGUCAGCCAAGAUGGUUCUUGUUGUUCCAACAAUUAUACACUGUUUGAUCACUUAAGGAUUAAGAGCAGAUUUUUGUGUUUAUUUGUACAUUUGUUUGCUUUUUAGAGCAUUUUGUUGUAAAUUGUUUUCUUUACGUCUUUCGGAGGCUAGAUCAGUGUGAACAGACAUUUUAUAUAUAUUUUAGUGACAUAUUUUUAUAAUGUUUGUUUGUUUGUGCCGCCUUUAAUAAAAAAAUAC